UGUGUACAGUACUUAUUGGUACGCGUUCUGGGUAUAGCAUCUACCAUCUGGUGGCUGCACACCCACUACACACUUGGUUGGCGCCGCGUUGGUCUCGCUUCGUUGUCCACAGGCAGGGUUUCGAACGUCUACGCUGUACGCUAGAUUGAUAUGAUGCCUACUUGGUCCCGCAACCCGUGGUCAAUCCCUCUGGAGCUGUGGGACAUGAUCAUCAGUCAUGUCGACUGCGAAAACUCGCUCUUGGACUGUGCUCUCGUUUGUCGAACUUGGCGACCGGCAGCGCGGCAACAUCGUUUCAAUGUCGUCAGGAUCACACCGCAGACGAAUGAGCGAGAGCCGCGAGAGUCUCCCUUGCUCCUUUCCGAUCCGUCGUCGACCAUUCUCCCAUAUGUGCGCCGCAUUGACCUCGUGGAGGGCGUGGUGCCGAAGUCGGUAGUACAAUUCAUUCCGGCGAUACAAUCCCCGUCGGAUGCUGCGCAGUACGGCGGUAUCGCCUGGCUAGAUGACAUCCUCCCGACCAUCCGUGUCCACGACUUGACGGCACUCCAGUGGCUCGAUUUGCUUGAACUAUGUUGGGAAGAGCUCUCUGCGGAUUCGCGCGCAAACCUCAAGUACCUCUGUCGACGAUUAACGACUCUGCGACACUUUACGUGCUCUCAAGACAACCCUGCGCGCCGUUGCGCCCUCGCCGUCGAGCUCCUCGAUGCCUCGCCGUCGCUGCGGACGUUCACCUUCCAUUAUCAUGAGGCGACUCCUACGGGCGUCGCUACUCUGGCCGAUGAUGCGCAGCCACUCGAUCUCACGCCGUAUUACGGCAUGCGUAGGACGGCGCACCCUUUGACCAAACUAAUACUUAGCGGUCACUUGGGCCCCAUCGUCACCUGCCUCAACAUUGUCCACCCGAACUUACGUUUGGAAGAAUUGUCCCUCGCGGCCAUCUCACCGGACGACGAAGGCACGGCGAUCUCGCUCUUGCAAUCAUGCGCGGAGACACUGACGUUUCUGUCGCUCUUGUAUUCCAAAAAAUCGUACGAACCCAUGCUCUGCUCGGGUGCAGGCAUCUCCCGUAUGAUUGCCCUCCAAACUUUCACCAUCAUGGCGGAUCUGCAAUUCGUACCGGCCAUCCUGCGCCACAUCCCGUCGCGCAGCCUGAAACAUCUCACCAUGAACGCUGCACCUCAGACGCUCUCCAAGACCGAUCUAGGAGACCUUACGCGUGUCCUCACUAUGGGGUCGCUCGCCGCCUCGCGCCCGCGUGUCACGAUUAUCUGUUGGCCUGAGAAGGUAGCGCAAGAGAGCGAGGACCCGGUAGCGUUGCAGAACAUGCGUGACAUACUCGUUGCGAGCCUGAAGGACCUGCACAAGGAUGGCAGGCUCGAGAUGCUGCGCGUCUUGUACAAGGAUGGCUGCUUGAGUGGGACGACCGAGGAAUUUUGACAUUGGUCCUCCGAGAUCUACGCUGGAGUGCAAUGGUUGAGGUAGCUUCGAAUUAGGCAUGAUAAAAUUAGGAACGAAUAUUGCCUCUGAUGUGUGCUACGUAUUAGUUUGCGACAAAGUGUCUGUAGGAUCA